AUGUCGGCCGGGUCGGACGACGGCGAGGACCACCCAGAGGCCGAGGAGAAAUUGGGCGAGUUGCCCAACUUCGGCGAGCCCAGGCGGCACGGCCACAGGAGACGCCCAGGACAUCAUUCUGACAGGCAGCAAAAGCAGUUGAAGGAGUUGCAGGAGGAGCGCUCGUUCACGGCGCAAGAGGUCAAUCGCCUCUACUCCGCGUUCGAGGAGAGCCGGCAGCAGGUGGCAGAAUUGGAGCGCCAGGUCGCGACGCUGAAGCAGAAGGAUCAGGAGAAGGCGGUGCAGCUCCGCAAGUGGGAGGCCAGCUCAGAGAAAGACAAGGGAGACAGCAUGACCUUCCGAAAGCAGAUGGCCGUCCUGUCGGAGCGAUGCGCGAAGGCCGAGGCCGAGCGAGCGGCCAUGCAGCAUCAGCUGGAGAGGACACAGGACCUCGGCGGCGCCUCUGACACGCUGGCGCAGCAGCUCGAGCAGGCCCACGGCAGCGUCGCCCAGCUCACGGCGGAGCGCGACGAGCUGUCGAAGCAGCUGGCGGCCGCGAGCGCGGAGAUGGAGCUCGCGGAGGCCGCGGCCGAGUGCUCUGGCCUGCGGGCGCAGCUCGACCUGGCGCGGGCGGGCGAGGGCCGGCUCUCGGCGCAGCGAGACGAGCUCGAGCAGCGCCUCGCGGGGAGGGACGAGGAGGUCAGGAGCUUGUCGGCGCAGGUCGGCGCGCUCACCGCGCAGCUGCAGCAGGGCAGCGGGACCAGCGAGGCGCUCGCCGCGGCCACCGCCGAGUCCGCCGCGCUGAGGGCCGGCCUGGCCGACGCCCAGGCGCAGGUCGGCGCGCUGACCGAGCAGUUCCAGCAGAGCGGAGCCGCGGCCAGCGAGAGGCUGCUCGCGGCAGUGGCAGAGGCCAUGUCUCUCAAGCAGAGGCUGGCGGAGGCCGAGGCACAGGCCGGCGCCUCGGUCUCGCAGAGCGAGGCGCUGGCGGCGCUGACUGUGGAGUCGGGCGCGCUCAGGCAGCAGCUGGCGGACUCCCACGCGCAGGUGGCUGAGGCGCAAGGCCAGUGCGCCGCUCUGGCCAGGCAGCUGCAGGAGAGCGCGCGCUCGAACGAGGACCUCAUCAGAGGCUCGCUGGAGGUGGGCCCGCUGAGGCAGCGGCUGGUCGACGCCGAGGCAUUGGUCGGCGAGCUCACGCAGCAGCUCCAGCAGAGGACCACCUCGAGCAGCCAGCUGGCCGCCCUCUCCGCGGAGUCUGGCGCGCUCAGGGAGGAGCUGGCCUCGGCGCAGAGCAGCCUGCUCCAGCUCACGGCCGAGCGAGAAGCGAUCAGGGCGAGCCUCGCGGAGUCGGAGGACAGGUGCGCGCAGCUGCAGGCCGCCCACGGGCCGCAGAGAGCCGAGCUGGACAGGCACAGCGCGCUGGCAGCAGAGAGGGGCUGCCGAGCGGGGCCUGAGCGAUUCGACAUCUCCGACGACGCGGGAGCCGAGGUGGUGGCGGGGCCAUCGACGAGCUGUGCGCCGAGCGGGCCGGCCAGCCCACCGGGGGACGAGACCUCGCCGGAGCGCCAGCUCGCCAGCGCCAAGCAGCUGGCCGAGCAGUCCGCGGCGGAGGUCGCCGCGCUCCGCGCCGAGCGCGAGCGCCUGCGCGCCGACCUCGAGGCACUGAGGGGCCGGCUGCAGCUCGCGGAGGCCCCGCCCGCCGCCACGGCGGGCGCGGACGACGGCGCGGCGGGGGCGGAGCAGCGGGCCAGGGAGGCGCCGCACGGCCCGAGCGGCCGCGCCGCGGAGCCGGGCAGGCUGCAGCUGGAGGCCGACGCGCUGCGGCAGGAGCCAGAGGAUGCGAGGCGGUCUCGGAGCGCCGACGCCCGGGCCCUUGCCUCCGCCGCCGCGCAGGGCGGCGAGCUGGCGCAGCUGCGGCAGAAGAUCGGCGCGGUGGAGGAGGAGAAGCAGGUGAUGCUGGAGCACCUGCGGGAGCACCUCGUGCGGCUCGCGCGCGAGAACUCCGAGCUGCGGCUGGGCCUCGGCGGCCGCGGCCCCUUCCCGGACGGGGGCGGCGCCUCCGCCGGGGACGGCGCUGGCCACCCGCGCGCGCCUUCGCCCCGCCCGCGGGCGCCGGAGCAGUCCAAGGCCAAGGAUGCGAGCAGCGGUGCGCUGACGUACGUCCUCUCGCCCUUCCUGUCGGGCGGCGGCAGCGAGCCGCCCGAGGCGCAGGCGCGGGCCCUCACCGCCGGGGCGCGCCCGAGGCUGAUCCUGGCGUGA